UAGGAAGUCAUUCUGUGUUUAAGAUCAUAGGAACCAUAGGGUCAGUCAUUUUUAUGCAGACUAGCAUCCGCUGGUUACCAAGAAGAAAACCCUGGAAGGGAAGAAUUUGGGGAACUGGAAGAUACAAGAACCUCUGAAGCUACUUACGAGUGUAGGCAAAAUGAAGCUGACUCUGGUACAAAUCUUUUUCAUGCUGCUGCUGCUGCUGCUGGGCCUGGGGCUGGGCCUGGGGCUGGGGCUUCACAUGGCUGCAGCAGUCCUGGAGGAUAUUGAUCAGCCACUGAACCAGUUUUGGUCCAGUGACUCACAGGACAAAGUCGAGACCACUGAGGAGGGAAAAGGCACACAAGCCACAGAAAGCCUGGUGCUUAGCAACAAAGGAACAGAGCAACCUGACUCGCCAGAAGAGACCUUCUCCAGUGAAGAUGAGGUGGGAGGAAACAAGGUGCUCAGAGACAAGACUUUCUUGCGGAGCAACCAAGAAGAUUUUAGGCUUAGUUUGGAGGCCAGGGAAUGCAAUAGCAUGAUGGCAAACAAGGUGAAGGAGCACAAUCGCAGCUGCAUAUUUGAGUACACAUUCAUCCACGAGGAAAUCAACACAGUCAGAGCUGUCUGUAGCAGUCCUGUUGUUGCCUGUGACCUCAAGGGGAUAAAAUGUCACAGAAGCCCCCGUCCUUUCGAUUUGACAUUCUGCAAGUUGUCCAAGUCCGGCCAGCUCACUCCUAACUGUAAUUAUCUGACUUUCAUUCUGGAAAGGGUCAUUGUCAUCACCUGUAAUGGCAUGAACCUCCAUUUAACAUCUAUACAGUGAAGCAACUCAUCCUCUUCUUUCUCUUCUACCUUUUUCUUUUCCUUUUCCACUUCCACUUCUCAAGUUGCACUCCUCCUCUUAGGUAAUCUUGCAGAGAAUUUUCUAGGAAGAGAGGAUGAACUAUUCUUUAUCAACAUCUUCUAAAAAUGUUAUUCUUCUUUGCCUUAGGGACCGUCCAACAUGCAUCUUGUCCCUGGACUUAGAGGUGCUUAAGAGAGUAAUGAUGCUCAGUUUCUCUGGGUUCUCUAUUUUUCCUCUCCAAUCUUUGCUGUGGAAGGGGAUAAAUAAAGGACUGCUCCUGCCCCUCCA